AUGCCUGAAGUCUUUACCCUAGCUCAAACUCCUAUCACCUCUCAUUCGUUCAGUGCAGACCGCUCUCAAAUCGCGGUCAGCCUUAACAGCAACGAUGCCCAAAUCUUGACUCGUCAAGGGACUGAAUGGGUCUCUACCGUUACCCUGGCUGAGCAUGACAAACUCAUCACAUCGAUUGACUGGGCCCCUAACUCGAACCGCAUUGUAACUUGUUCUCAAGACAGGAACGCAUACGUCUGGCAAGAACAACCGGACGCCGAGACAGGAAAGUUGGUCUGGAAGCCAACCCUAGUUCUUCUCCGUAUCAACAGAGCUGCAACCUACGUCAGAUGGAGCCCUAAAGAGGACAAAUUCGCUGUGGCCAGCGGAGCGCGAGCCAUUGCAAUUUGCUCGUUCGAUCCAGAGAACAAUUGGUGGGUAUCCAAGCUCCUGAAGAAACCUAUUAGAUCUACGGUCCUCUCCGUGGAUUGGCAUCCGAACAAUGUUCUUCUCGCCGCUGGGAGCGCAGAUAUGAAAGCUCGAGUUUUCUCGGCUUAUAUCAAAGAAGUCGAUGAAAGGCCUUCGCCUACUGUCUGGGGAUCCAAGUUACCGUUUAACACUGUUUGUGGCGAGUAUACAAGCCCAGCUGGCGGUUGGGUGCACGCUGUCGGUUUCUCGCCAUCGGGCGAUGUGCUUGCUUUCGCAAGUCAUGAUAGCUCAAUCAACAUAGUCUACCCAGGCGGACCGGUCAUCCACAACAUCAGAAUGCCAUCUCUUCCCCUCGUGAGCCUUGUAUGGACCUCGGAAGAUACCAUCGUAGCAGCCGGACACGACUGCCGCCCCCUAGUCUUCUCUGGAUCAGAGGCUGGCUGGCAAGAAGCCGGUACCUUGGAUGACGCCACGGCACCUAAAUCAGAGUCUCGUUCAGCAUUCGGUGGGGGCAGCAGCGUCGGCCGCCUCAAGACAGGUGCAUUUGCGACGUUCCGCGACGCAGAUUCGCGAGGACAGACGUCAUCGUCGUCGACUACUAGCGACACGCUGCUCACGAUCCACCAGAACACAAUCACGAAUGUGAGAGCCUAUGAUUACAGUGGCAGCAAUGUGUCGAGGGUGAGCACAUCGGGUGUGGAUGGGAUGCUGGUUAUCUGGGAUGUUGACGCAGUGUCAGCGUUGACGGCUCGUGUUGGAGGAGCACAUUUGAGGUAG